AUGCGUCUUUUAGAGAGUCGCAAAGAUUCUAUGGACGUUCUUGGUGAAGAAUUAGGAAUAAAUACAACACAAUGCAAGGGAGUCCGUGAGGUUGUUGCCACUUUUGAAGGAGAUGGCCAAGAACUUUCACUGGACAAAUGGAGGUCCAUAUUUCAGAACCUUGGAUGUUUGGAAGUAUUUGAAAAUCUUUUGGCACAAGAUUCAUUGCAUGUUGCAAAAAGUUUGGAUAAUUGUCCUCCAAACGAUGUCAGUAGCAAGGCUGAAGAGAGUCUUCCGAAGAAAUCAGAAGAAUCGAGACAACAGAAUAUCAAUCCUGCUGAUGGGCAUUCAAUUUCAACUCUUCCUGAAACUGGUGAGUUUUCUGGGAUUAUAUCCUGAAGUUGUUUAGUUAAAAGUAACGAUACAUGAUAAUUGACAGUUUUUGUAAAGCCUGAUGCACAUUCUUCAUUUGCCAUAUGUAAAAUGAAAAAUUCUCAUUUGAACCUACCGUUUGUUUGCUGCUUCCAUUAGUAAGGCUGUGUGGUUUGAUUUUUCCAUCAAGUUCCAUGAAGGUUUUUUUACCCCAAGCCAUUUACAAAUCAUUCUUAAAUGCAGAAUUCUUUGAAAAUUGUAGCUAGUUUGAGUUUUCCUUUCCUGAGGCUAGGAAAGUGGUUAAAUAAAAUGAGAGGACACCAAUUCCUUCCAAGAAGUCCAGUCUGUUAAAAAAGAUCAGUCUCAUAAAAAGUGAUACGAUUUUCUUGUAUACUUUCUGGUUUUCUUUUAGUAGAUCUCUCAAGUUCCAGUAUCAUGAUGUGUUCAUUCAUGAUUUUUAGCACCAAAAUUACUCAAAUUCUAUCAGUUGCCAUUAUGAUAUUGGCUCUUUAACUCCCAAGAUCUCAUUAGUAAAUCUCCUUACUGUCUGCCAUACAGUUUUUGAUGUUAGUCUGGAGAAUUUGGUAUUGGAUCAACUUAUAAUCCUCUAACUGAAAUUUUUCUAUAUUUGUCUGCUUGAUACUGUAUUAUAAUUGUAAGGAGAAAUUCUGUCUUGGUCUUUCAUUGGAGUUAAAGCUUUAAUUUUUUGUAGAGGAGGAAUUUUGUUUAAAUUUUUUUUCAAGUUUUUGUCUUCUUAACACAUCAUACCUUCUCAGAAAAUUAUGUCAAUACUGGGUUCACACUUUGGGCCCCCAGCCAAUGAUAAUAUUGUUGAACUCCUAGCUUUCGCAAUAAGCAAGGAGGCACUUUGGGGGAAGGGGAAAGUCUUCUAAAUCCUGUUUUUCUCCAGCUAGCCUCUACAGUCAUUCUCAUUUUGAGUAGUCAGGUAUGGUUAAACUGACGGAAGUUAAAACAUAUUCUUUGCCAAUCUUUGGUAGUUGGGUGAGCUAUUAGCCCUUGUUAGUGAUAGCAAACUGUUUUCAUUUCUGAUCAGAAAUUUCACAAGUUUUGCACUUUUUUGCUCCUAUAGCUUUGCUUUGGUUUUCAAGCAAGGACUUUUUCCUCCUUCAGCAAAAGUACUUCCCUGAAGGCUCAGAGUAACAUUUGUUACUUUCUGAGUUUAACAUUUUAAGAUAAUUAUUUGUUGCUUUGGGGGAAAGGUGUUGUUGUGUUAGAUUCAGAAUAGGAAAUAUGACAGAACUUAAUGUAUACAAUACUUGGCAAUAUAAAGUGUUCUUACUGUUUUCCUUCUGUUCUGUUAGAAUUGCCAUCCAAGCCAGGAGAUGAUGUAAUGGUCACUUGGAAGACAAGCACUGCCCCAGGUGUUUGCCCAGGAAUGAGUUUUUCACCUCCUCUGGAAGGUAAACCAAGUACUGAUGUUUUGAAAAGCACUAGCAAGGAAGUAAAAAGUGAUGAAGAAGAACAUCUACAUCCACUUGUUGUAGCUGCACAAGGUAUGGUUACAGGGCAUCAGUUCCGUCCAAAUAACCCAAAAACUGUUCAAGCCAAUGUUGUCUUUCGAGAUGGGCAGAAGAUCUUGGAAAACAGCAGUCUGUUAUGUGGUGGGUUUUCACCACCAUUACCUGAGGCGAGUAGCUUAGCAACUGCAAGCCAAUUUGAUCUUAGUUUAAACUCUGAUGGUAAAGGUACAAGACCUGGAAUGGUUUCUCCUGAUUUAGCAAAUUCCCAGUCACCACUUGAAGAAAAUCAGGGAUUACAACCAAGCAACCAUAUGGUUGAUCAAGAAAAUGCUGAGGACCAUGAUGGACAGACCUUGCAAUUGUCACUAGGCAUCAAUGGAAGUAUUUUACCAGUUGCUGCAAUGCAGGACUCUGUAAACCAACUCCAGCAGGCCACUCCAUCUGGAAAAUAUGGCAUAGAUGAAACAGAAGACAGCAAUUCAUCAUCACAGAGUGACACAGAAGUUAGUUUGUCUUCAGGCGACUCAACCACACCAUCACGGCCAGUUACUCCUGAAGCAGUAAACUCCCCUCAGCUUGGUCAAUUACAUCCAAAUAAUAUAAUAGCUGCUGAAGCAAUUGUUGCAAAUCAUGACAGGCUAGUUUUGCCUUAUGACCCUCAAUUUUCAGUAGCUUCCAAUGCUAUUAGAUUACCAGCUGUACCUUCAAGGUCUGUAGUGCAGGAUCGUGUGGGCCAAUACACAUAUGACCAAGAUGAAGCAGAAGGUAACAGUUCAUCAGUGCAGAGUGACCCAAAUGGGAGUUUGUCUUCAGAUGACUCAAGGACACAAUCAAGAACAUUUUCUCCUCAAGCAGUAAAUUUCCCACAACUUUACCAAUUACAUUCAAAUAACCCAAUGACUGUUGAAGCAAAUACAGGUGUGAAUCGUGAUGAACCAGCCUGGGGAAUGCCACUUGAUUCUCAACAGUCAUCAGCUGUGCAUACAGGGUCUGCUGUGCAGGAUCCUGUAGGCCAAACGCACCAGGGUAUGGCUUGGGACAUAUACAACACAGAUGAAGAGGAAACCAGUAGUUCAUCUUCACAGUGUGACACAGAUGCAAGUUUGUCUUCCCAUGACUCAUCCGUAGGGGCACAACUAGUUGUGCCUCAAGCAGCAAAUUCUCCAUCACCACUAACACUAACAGAUCAUCACUUAGAUGUAAACAACCCAGUGGCUGGUCAAGCAGAUGCCCCAGGUCAAGCAUUUGGUAAUCAACCAUCAGAAAAUGAUGAUGAAACUCAGUACAUGAAUAUUCAACAGGUUUGUAUUGUGAUGUGAAGUAGCCAACUGAGUAUUUUUUUUCUUUUCCUUUUGUUUCUUUCUUUUAUUUUUUCCAUUUCUUUCUUUUUUUUUCUUUGUAUCUUCACUAUUAUAUGUAUGUCUUAAGAAAUUUUUUGACGUCUGUAGAUAAGUCAGGAUCUGAACUCUGUAACUAGAGCUUCUAACAGGUUGCAUGUGGGUGGGACCACACAAUUUUGCCAGAUUGGCAUUACUGGUAUAGUGCAAAUAUAAAUAUCUAGAAUCCUUUAAGACUGUUUUCAGGUUAUUUAAUAGUGGAGAAAUCUCUACUUUACAAAAGCAGCUUGUUGGGAGGUUGUUAAGACAACAAGGGAUCCUGUGGACUAGUCUUCUUAUCAUGCUAUUCAUUGAAAGUCAUCAGCUUUGUUAUUUGUGCUUUUAAUUUACCUGCACAAUCAAUUUUUUUUUCUGCACGAUCUACCAUUCCAUGUGGAUGACUGUUUGAUACAAGUUUGACUGUAUCUCAAAAGUUCUUAAUUACAAGUACCUAAUGUUUUAUGUACCAUGUUUCCUUUGACGCACAGGUUUACCCUUUACAGUUUGAAGACAUUGCACACCUGAUUCAGGUAAAUUAUCAUUUCUUACUUUAUUACGCAUACAUAUGAAGAACACUGUUAAGUUGGUAAUAUAUUUAUGUGUGAUUGCUCUAGGUACUGAAUGUUUUCUAACAGUCCUGAUCAGUUUUAGCCAAGCAACCUUUUCUUACCUUCUCAAUAGUCCAUUUCACAGUUGCGUGCUUGGUUGCUAAGCCUUUGAACAGGAGUGAGGCAAAGGGUGACCUUGUUAUGAUACAGACCUUGCUACUUUUCAAAUGUAAAUUACUUUGUUAUCAUGCUUACUACAAGAUACUGGUCUAUAUCAUAAUGUGGUCAACUUCAGUCUCACUCCAUGACUUUAGAACAAAAACCAACAAAAUAGCUGCAACUUCCUGCUAUCAUCCCAUGAUUUGUGAAUUAUUUCAUAUAUCUCAGGGGAAUAUUGGUAAAGUGAAUAUCUAAUAUUGAGCUUGAUUGUAAUUUUUUUUCACAGAAACUACGGAAGAAGUGUACAAAACUUGAGGCAUACAAGCAAGACCUACAGGUACAGUUGUUAAAACCAGCCAUAUAGUGUUCAAGUUUUAGAAUAACAUUUAUAUUUUUUGUGGAAAAUACACCCCCACUGGAGUACUUCAAGCUGAGAUAGUUUUGCUUGUCAUAGAAAUUCAUGAGAAAUUUUUGGCAACUUGAUCAGUUUGUAGCCUUAGUUACCAGUUUGGCAGCCAGUGCUUGGUGUUCUGGUAGUAAGUUGUUAAAUAUGUUAUGUAUGACUUAGUUUUAAUAGUGAAAAGUCAAAGUUGUAUAAACAAUGAACAUUUAUAAUUAAUAAUCAAAAGUACUUCCCAUGCUCUGCUGUUCCCUUGUCCUUGGUUGCCAGAAUAUGGAGACUUCAAUGGGCCAUUUUACAGUUGUGUACUUAGUUGCCAAGCCUUUGAUUUCAAGUGAGGCUGAAGGUGACCUUGUUGUGAUAGAGAUCAGUAUCUAGUUAGCAUGAUUACAAAGUACAAAGUAAUUUGCAUUUGAAAGCAAGGUUUAUAAUAAUAAGGUCAACCUUAGCCUCAAUCCCAUUCAAAGGCUUGGUAACCAAGCACACAACUGUAAACUAUUGUGGCAUGAGUCACCAGACUUGACUCAGGGUUAAGAGUUCCAGGUGCCUCUCAUUGCCCUGAGGCCAGCUCAUUGUGAUAUGUUCUUCAGGGGAACUCUGUACUUUUAUAUUAUGUUAUUCCCGGCAUGAAGGGGAAAAUGAAUGCCUUUUUAUAUAUACUGUUAGUCAAUUCAUGUUGUAGAAACUGGGUCAAACUGAGGUUGUUCUGGCCACUUAAGGUCAGACAUACUUUAAGAUAAGGCUUUUCAACUGCAUAUUGUAGCUAUUCCAUCUUGAUUCUGAGCUUUCAGAAAUUUGUCAUUAAUUCUUUUCAUCUUCUUAACUUUCCUCUUCAGUUUGUUUAUUUUCAUUUGCUAUAUGGUUUUUAACUGUUCAAGUAGACUGCUCUUACUACACAAAUGUUUCCCUUUUGUUUGAUAAAAAUUAUCUGUAUACAUUAUGAAGUGUGGCCCUUUUCGUAUACUUAGAUAAAUUUAUUGGAAGAUGAGUUUAUACAAAUGUAGGGUUGAAGGUCCAGAGCUACUGUGAUUGAACAUUUUAGACCUAUAACACCAGUAACAAUAUUUUUUGUUUAAUUUUAGCAUAGUAGACAGCAGUGUGCUCAGCUUCAGGAAACCAUUGAUGAGGUACAGUUUGACAAAGUGCUGUUGUAAAAAAUUUUCAUUACAUAUGUAGUUAUAUAUUAACUGAUAGACAAGCGAGUAAGACCAUAUGCUUUUUGACAACUGAAUUUUUUAACCAAACAUGGUCAUACAAAAAAAAUGUGAUGCAAGCAUUUCAAAUUUGUCAAUGUCGUAAUCAGAAGAUAUUUUUUAUAGGUGCGCAUUGCAUAUAUGUGUAAAGAGGUGAACAGAAUUCUAUUGAUUGCUUUGCCUUUGAGACAAACAAAAUCGGGUAAUUUAGGUAUUAUUUAUAGUAAAUUUGCUAGGUGCUGUUUCUGCAAUAGUUAUAAUUAUGAUAUAUUGAAAUUAAAGUUUGUUUUCCUGAAAAAAAAAUAUAUCCUUUUUUCCAUGUUGGGAAACUAAGCUAGGGCAGUGCCAAGCUGAAGUCAUGGCAGGAAAAUAUAAUUUUGAUUAAAUGUGACACAGUGGUUGCUUAUUUUAUUGUCUAUUUUACAUAUUCAGUGAUUAGGUUUAGAGUUGAUGGUGUAUGAGAAACAUUCUCUCUUCAUACAACACUAUUAUUUUGUGCUCCACAGUUUUCUUUUGUGAUAAAAUCUGAGUGCUGAGCUUGGAGUCCUGAAGCCAGUAGUUACCCUGUAUCUUUUUUUUUUAUCUUUGAUUUUUAUUACUUGCUUCUUGCUUUUAAAGUAUGAAAGACUUUUGGAUGGCAGCAAUCAUUUACAACAAGAAAAUCAGCGUCUGAUAAGGAUGACUGAAGAGGUUUGUACUCUGUAGUGGUGAUUUCUGUCCCCCUUGCUGCCAGAUUAUAUUUAUUGAUGAAAAUGGAGUAUUGCUGAUCAACUUAUGAUGUUGUGUCCAAAGUAUAGCCAUUCACAGGAUAUUUUUUGAAUUGGUCCAUAUUGUUUGGUUAAUAUCAAACUGAAUCUUAAACUUUUUAGAUGUGUGAACUGAAAGAUCAGGAGAUUCAGCAACUCAGGCAGGUAAGUGUUACAUCACCCCCUUUUUAUUAUUAAUUAUCUCUGGCCAUCAUGAAAUUAAAGUUUAUCCAGUGAUGAGUGAAUACACACACCCACAAUUAAGGUAGAUGUCUAUGCUUCUCAUUUGUGCAAUAUGCUUUUUUUUUAGUUGUGUGAACAGAAAGACCAGGAUGUUGAAACACUUUCAGCGGUAAGUUUUCCAAAUUAGAUACAAGUAGAAUGUCUUUUCAAUGAUGAUGAUAGAUACAAACAUUGCAGGAGAAUUUUUUCUGGUCAUUACUAUAGUAAACAGUAUUUUGCAAUUAUUAGGAAGUUUCUCACGUUAUGAAUGGGGUGGCACAUCAUCAGCAAACUGGGCUAAACUUCCUCUUAACAUCACCCUGCUGUAAGUGUUGCCUCAAAUCACUGGUCAUGCAAUUUGUUCCUCAGUGCCCCCACUUGUAAAUCCUUAACCCUUUAGCUCCCAAGAUCUGAUUGUUAAUUCUCCUCUCCAGCUACCACUUGUUUCAUGUGAACUAGUUAUGAGAAUUUGGUGUUAGAUCAAGAUAUCAAAUUCCACCUGAUAAGCUUGAGUAUUCCCAUUACCUAUUUGCUGGAUAAUCUAUGGAUAUUAUGGGGAGAAGUUAAUUAUUUUUCGGAGUCAAAUUGUUAAUUACCCAGUUAGGGGACAGAAUGUGAAAAUGUUAUUAGGCAUUUGAAAAAUUUUGCAGGUAAGUUACUUUGAAAAGUAAAUUCUCAUAAAAGUAGUGGGUUGUAUUGUUACAUGGCUUGUACUAAUUUAUCACUCAAAUAUUUAGAGCUUGCCUGUCAUUUACACCUACCAGUACAUGACUUUUUCUUUUUUUUUUCUAUAAGCAAAAUGAAAGUCUUAGAGGGGAGUAUAUUCAGGUAAGGACAGUAAUUUGAGAUUUUGAUGUAGUUAUUACAAAUCUAGGGCGUGGCUCUUGAAAGGAGUUUUGGCCUUCUUACAGUCCCCCUAUUUUUGAAGUCGUAUGCAGAGAUGUAAUGACUGAUGUUUAUAUUUUAACCUAAGGUGCUUCACGAAUUGGACCGGAGAAAUAACAGUUUUCAGCAGCAAAUGGAGAGUAUAAUAAGGGAACGUCAAGAACUUUCUGAAGUACGUAAUUGUGUUGAUUUAUCUAGCCAUUUGUUGAAAUGUCAGGAUUUUAAUUGUUUGAUGUGCAAUUUGCAUUAAGUUGCAGAUUUAAUAAAUCUUUAUGUACUAAAAGCAAAUAGACGUUGUCUGGUUAUUUCUUAAGGAUCGACACACCUACUUGUGGAACAUAAUUAACAGAGAUAGAGGCAUGAAUGAAUUGUAUACAUAGGCUACAUAGCAGCUACAUGUAGAAAUAUGACAAGAGGUAGCAGAGGGGAUCAGCUCUUCAUGCUGUUUGAUGGCUUUUAAUGUAAAGAAGAUUAGAACAAUGGACUGGUUUUAAGCAAAGAAACAUUUUAAUGCCAGUUGAAUUACAGUUACCAGUGCAUGGUAGAUACAUAAUGAUAUAGUGCUAGUGUUUCUUGUGCGGUGCAUUUGAUAGCACUGCCCAGUUAGGUUUUUUUUAAACUAGAAUAAUCAAUGUAGAUUAUUAUUUGCUGGUAGACCCAAUGCAACAGAACGUGUUUUAUUUCAGCAACUGCGACAUUCCUUCCAGGUGGUCGAACAGUCACAACGUGAACUUUACGCGGAACGUGAGAGUUUGUGGCUUGACAAUGACAGGUUGUUAGAUCAGAGGAUGACAGAUGAAGUGAAAAUACUGCAACAGGAACUUGACGGAGAAAAACGUAAAAGGACAGAAGCCGAGGAGCGCAGCAGAUGUCUGUUUGAGGUGAGAUGAGUUUUGGGCAAUAAAUACUCACAAACGGUUGUGGUGGUCAUCAUAUAUGGAGUUUCAGUUAAUGGUCACUUAAUUGAUUAUAAAUACUGUAGAGUCAAUUCAAUUGUUGAUCGUGACGUUCCAGCUGCUAUACUUCUAGUCUUCGUCCAGCAAUAAGGUGGAAAGUUACACACCAUUCAGUCAUGGUGCUGGUCAGCGGUUUUUGUGUGUUUUAUGCGCUUUCUUUGUUCUAUUUUGAUCCUCAUUACUCCGUACAUUUCUUGCUGUUCUCUCUUAGGUUUGCUUUGUUACUGACUGUUCCAGUAAAAAAUGCUGUGAAAAGUCCUUAAAUCCUAUUAUAUUUCCUAUUAUCAUUGAUAUAUUCCUAUCAGGAAAAUUGCCAGCUGAAUGCAAUGGUGAAAGAAUUGAUGUCAAGGCCAGCCGAACUUGCAGAGGUUUCUUGUAGUGCCCUAUCUCCUGAUACAGUGCAGGAGAAUCUUGUAUCAAGCAGCAAUGUAAGUUUUAAGUCUGAGCUUUUCGUUAACAUAGAAUAGCACUCGCUGUUACGAAAUGUUAAUUCUUCACUCUUUCUUGUGUUUAAGGACUCGACUGUUGGAGAAGCUGAUGAGGAGAGUGAUGAAGACGAAGAAGUUUUCGAGGAUGCCCUGGAUCAUUCUUUGAAGGGUGCAGAUCUGGAGAGAAAGUUUUAAAACCCUCGCUCCUUCUAAGACAGUUUGAUGUCAAAAUUUUAUUAUGUAUAUAUAUAUGUUAGCUGUAUUUUAAAUUGUACUUGAAAUCAGAUGACAUAGCUUCUCCCAUUUGUGACGUCAUGUGCUGUAAAAAGUUGCCAAAGGUAGCUGAGUAUUAGCGGAAUUAUUACGAGCAACUUCUUGUAAAUACGCGCGCUUUUUAAAAUUGUCUUGCGAAUAUUUUUAACCUUUCCUUUCCAGAAGUGAUUAACAUGUUACUUCUCCCUAUACUAUUCAUACAUUAUCCAUCAAAUAGGUAAUGAGAAUACUCAAACUUAUCAGGUAGAAAUUGUUAUCUUGAGCUAACACCAAAUUCUCGUAACCAAUUUACAGGGAAAGGUAUAACAGCUAGAGGGGAGAAUUAACUAUCAGAUCUUGGGAGUUAAAGGGUUAAACUCACUGUCAAAAGAUGGUGGAUGUCUUUUUUAGGUGUCGUGUAGAAUAAUUAGUCAACGAUUACUUUUACAUAUGAAACAGUUGGCCUUCUUGUAUGUAAAGCUAUGACGAAGGAAAAAGAUAUUAGUUUAUACGCGCUUUAGGGCGCAAAGAAAAUGUCUUCAUUUGUGUUUUACGAAAGGUCUUAAAAGGAUUUGUAAAAUGUAUUUCUUGUAGCAAUCCCUCGGUCGCUAUCAUUUUCGAUUGGAAUAUGUACAUAUAUUGUUCAUGAUGAUUUAUACUUCCCACUAGAUUGUAUAUUAUUUAUAUUAGUAUUUAUAUGCCGAGGUUUUUUAUAUGACUGUACCUUUCAGAAGAGAGAGUCUUUCGAAACGCUUUUGUAGACUUUCGUAAAAAAUAUUCAAUGAAUUCAAUUGAUCGUGAUGAGUUCACGACUAAACUCUCAAAGAGUGGACGAUUUGCAUUAGAUGCAAAAUUUUAUCGAAAACCUGAGAUUUUCAGUGUAUGGUUUCGACUUAUCCUGGCCAUGAAACAGAGGUGGUUAGACAGAAAAAAUUCUUAAAUAUCGAAUAUUGAACUUUAUUUCAACUGGUUUAUUGG